GUCCCGGUCCCGGUCAGUCAGUCAUCAGGCAGCCCAGCAGCAGCCCAGCAGCAGCCCAGCAGCAUUAUUGAGGAGGCGGCGCUCCUCCUAUAAAUCCUCCGCGCAGUCAGCGGGCGCUCAGAGGCGAGACGGCCGAGCGGAAGCGCAGCGAUCCCGGCUGCCUUUUUUUUUUUCACCCGGGGCUCCGCAGCGCCGCACGCCGACCACAGCGCACCGCCGGGCGGAUAGGCGAGUUGUGACAUGCCGGUGCGGGACGUCGCGGAGCUUCGCCCGGUGGCGCUACAGCGGACUCGCCGUCCUCCUCCGCGGCACUUUGCACUUCUCUAACGGGACUUUUUCUUCUUUAUGUCCCGGAGCUGACAUGUUCCACGGCGGCUAGCAGGGCGCGUGUAAGGUCAAAGGUCAGCCCAACUUGGACAUGUGAGAAGUUUGGGGGGCAACAGGAGGGCUCCACGCCCCCCCCCCCCCCCACCCCCCUCUCACGCACGCACGCACGAGCACGCGCACCGUGGACCAGACAUGUACUCUCCUCUAUGUCUCACGCAGGAUGAGUUCCAUCCGUUCAUCGAGGCUCUGCUGCCGCACGUGCGCGCCUUCGCCUACACGUGGUUCAACCUGCAGGCCAGGAAGAGGAAGUACUUCAAGAAGCACGAGAAGAGGAUGUCCAAGGAGGAGGAGCGUGCCGUCAAGGACGAGCUGCUGGGCGAGAAGCCCGAGGUCAAGCAGAAGUGGGCGUCCCGCCUCCUGGCCAAGUUGCGCAAGGACAUCCGGCCCGAGUUCCGCGAGGACUUCGUGCUGACGGUGACGGCCAAGAAGGCGCCGUGCUGCGUGCUGUCCAACCCCGACCAGAAGGGCAAGAUGCGGCGCAUCGACUGCCUGCGUCAGGCAGACAAGGUGUGGCGCCUGGACCUGGUCAUGGUCAUCCUCUUCAAGGGAAUCCCUCUGGAAAGUACGGACGGCGAGCGCCUGGUCAAGUCGCCGCAGUGCGCCAACCCCAGCCUGUGUGUGCAGCCGCACCACAUCGGCGUGUCCGUCAAAGAGCUGGACCUCUACCUGGCCUACUUCGUGCACGCAGAAGGCGGCCAAUCAGAGAGCCCCAACCAGUCCAAUGAUGCGGACAUCAAAGACCAGGCGGAGAAUGGUCAUUUGGGCUUCCAGGACAGUUUUGUCACACCAGGAGUGUUUACAGUGGCCGAACUUGUACGAGUAUCGCAAAACCACAAAGAGGAUGUUAAUCCUCAUCCUGAUUACUAUGAAUAA